AAAACAUAUGGAUCUGCUGUUGAUUCAACACAAAAACAGAGAAAGUCCAGCUCAAAAGAAUGAUGCCCUUAAUUUCGUGACUUUUGUCCAUUUUACUUCAGUAUUUGCGGCUUGACAGGUAUAAUGCACACAAUUUAAUUAACCAGCAGCCGAAGUGACUGAAACGUUGCCAAAAUGAGGAGAGCUCAUGCUAACCAAUCCUAUUCAUUCCAACCCCAUUCGCCCGUCGAGGAGGAAAAUGAGCAGAUGACGGACCAGCUGCAAGACAAAAUUGGGGCACUUCGAUCGCUCUGCAUAGAAAUGGGCACAGAAGUGAAAUACCACAACAAACUGCUGACUGAUAUAAACGACGACAUGGAGCAUUCUCGGGGCUUCCUCGGCAAAACGAUGGACAGAGUGCUUCGCCUGGGCAAGGGCAGCCACAACUACCAUCUUGUUUACCUUUUCCUCUUCUGUAUUUUCGUGUUUUUCCUGCUGUGGAUCAUCCUCAAGUUCAGAUGAUUAGCAUGGCGUUCUAUUAAAUUUUGUUUGCAUCGAUUUGUAAA